UUUAGAACAAAAGAUCAUGAAAGUUUAUCUACUGUUUCAUUCUUGAAACACUAUCAAAACCAAGUUAUGAGGUUUGACAAUCAGAGAAUGAUAAAUCUAGAUUAAACCCUAUUCCCUAAUCAUAAAAAUGAUUAAUCAGCUGAUUCAGUGAGAUGAGUCAUUGAUCCACCCAAAUGGUCAGUAACCGUCCAAACAACAACCCCCACAUUGUAGGUUAUUGUUCACCAGGGCAUUUCAUAACUAUUUGUUUACUAUAUUUAAAUUUGAUCUUUCAAUCAGUGAGAACAAUGUUAAAAGGUGGUUUCCUUUGUCACAACAAACUAGGUUAAAUUUAGAACGUAGUGCUUCCUGUCUCUAAUAAACAAUAAACAAAGAACAGCAUCAGUCAUUAAGGAAUAAUUCAUUUGAGUUAGGGUUGGUAAAGAUACUAUGGAAAUUGUAAAAGGAUAGAAAUGAAGAUUUAUGAACUGGAUGCACUAUUAGUUAUUGAAAACAAAAAUGGUUGACAUUAAUUACAUUGUUGUAAACUGAACAAAAGAUAGAAAGAAAAUAAAAGUUAUGGCUUCUCCAACUCCAUCACAGAGUGAUACUGUCACAACAGCAUCAACAACCUCAAAUUCAUCAGAUAGUGAGAUGGAAAAUGCAGGACCCAAUACUAGAUGUUCAAUAUGUCAUGAAACAUAUACCAUACCUAAAGUUCUUACAUGUUUUCAUACAUUCUGUCAGCCGUGUCUUGAGAAGACACAAGAAGUAGCUGAUAAAAUCACAUGCCCAGAAUGUCAUCAAGAUACAUACCUUGGAGGUCAAGGUUUAACUGGACUCCUUCCCGAUUAUGCUGUCAGUAAUCUCCUUGAAACGAAUGCAUUAGAUACGAGUGCCUUACAUUGUACAGGCUGUAAAAGUAAAGAUACUAAUGCUGUGGCUCGAUGUUUUGAUUGUGCAAACUUUCUUUGUGCUAACUGUGUCAUGGCCCAUCAGUUCAUGCAUUGUUUCGAGGGACAUCGUGUCGCCAGUUUAAGCGAGUUGCAGGGAAAUAAAGAGGAUAAGACUGAGAAAUCAAUAUAUUGUCCCAGACACAAAACUGAUGUCCUCAAAUUCUUCUGUAAAACAUGUCAGCAACCCAUUUGUAAAGAAUGUACCGUGUUUGAUCACGGGAGAGGACAUGACUGUCAGUUUAUUAUGGAUAUCGGUGAAAAACAACUGGAGAUGAUGCAGCAUAUAAACAAUGAUGCCAAACUUAAAGCAAACGAACUACGCAUGUCAGCAAAAGGUAUCGAACAUCUGUCGAGCCGUCUUCAAGUUCAGUAUCACAAAGCACAGAAUGAUAUUAACGAUACAUACAACUUCUACAGAGCCAUGUUAGAGGAGAGAAAACAGGAGUCCUUGAAAGAAUUAGAUCAAGCAUACAACACCAAGCAAGUGGCCAUUAGUGGCCUUGCAACCAAAAUUCAAGACAACAUAGAUCGCUUGUACCUUGGUUGUGAAUUCUUGGAAAAGAUUUUAAAGUAUGCCAGUGUGACAGAAGCCCUUCUGUUCAAGAACCUUGUUGAGCAACGAUUCCACAACAUGUUCAAUUUCUGUCCAGAUCUGAACAACCAAUCGUACAUAGAUAUUGAGUUUGUGUCUAAUUUCCAGGCAAUAACUGCUGGAGUACGUAAUACCUUUGGCUACAUCCGUGAAGGCAAUGGUGAUAUGAAUGGACCAGUACAGAAACCUCAACCGAUUGCAAGACCUAAUGGGCUUGUGUCGACUUCACCACCACUUACCAAUGGUCAUAACAUCUUUGAAGCUCCACCAUUGACCAAGGAAUUUGGUUCACAGAAUAGUUUGGUUUUCCCAGCAAACGAUACCAAUAUGUAUGAGAAAUGGUCCAAUGGACUGGACAUCUUUCAAAAUGGAAUUGAUGUAUUCUCAACUAGUGCUGAUCCUUUGUUUGACUUGACAACUAAACUUAAUUUGAGCGGACUCUAUCCACCAAAAUCUCAGAUCAAACGUCAAAAAAUGAUCUACCACUGCAAGUUCGGUGAAUUUGGAGUGAUGGAAGGACAAUUUACAGAACCAAGUGGUGUAGCUGUAAACGCACAGAAUGACAUAAUUGUUGCCGACACAAAUAAUCAUAGAAUUCAGAUAUUCGACAAAGAAGGCAGAUUUAAGUUCCAGUUUGGAGAGUGCGGAAAGAGAGAUGGACAGUUACUUUACCCAAAUCGAGUUUCUGUCGUCAAGUCAUCAGGUGACAUCAUUGUUACUGAACGUAGUCCAACCCAUCAGAUACAGAUAUACAAUCAGUAUGGACAGUUUGUACGUAAAUUUGGAGCUAAUAUUCUUCAACAUCCAAGAGGCGUUACAGUUGACAACAAAGGCAGAAUCAUUAUUGUAGAAUGUAAAGUCAUGCGAGUUAUAAUUUUCGACCAGUUUGGAAAUGUCAUUCACAAGUUUGGAUGUUCUAAACACCUGGAGUUUCCAAAUGGAGUUGUCGUGAAUGACAAAGAAGAGAUCUUCAUCAGUGACAACAGAGCUCACUGUGUUAAAGUUUUCAACUAUCAAGGUGCCUAUCUUCGUCAAGUUGGAGGUGAGGGUAUAACCAAUUACCCAAUAGGAGUAGGAAUCAACAGUGCUGGAGAGAUUCUUGUAGCAGAUAAUCAUAACAAUUUUAAUCUGACUAUUUUCACCCAGGACGGACAGUUAAUAAAUGCAUUGGAGAGCAAAGUUAAGCAUGCCCAAUGUUUCGAUGUGUCCUUGAUGGAUGAUGGAUCGGUAGUUCUGGCGAGCAAGGAUUACCGGUUGUAUAUUUACAGAUAUGCACAGAUUCCAGGAUUAGGGAUUUGAUCCACAUACUUGAAGGAAGUCAUUUAGUUUGAAGUGUUCAUUGGAUUGACGCGGAUAUCUGACUACUACUGGCAGUCAGCAGCAUUUUUUACGAAUAGUUUCCAGUUUGUUUAAAGAGAAAAGUAGUGGAGGUCAGAAUGUCGAAGCAGAUCUGGUUAAUUAUACUAACAAUUCAGGAAAGUUAUAUUGGAUUUCUGUUUUAAUAACAGAAAAUACAGUCUGUUGUUGUUUUUUUACUAGCCAAUUAUGAACUAGUCAUAAUCAUUGAUAUAUUUUUUGUUUGUCAAAUUUUACAAGAAAAAAAGAUGACAGCCAUAUUGGCAAAAAAAUGACAUUCAUGUAAUGAGCAUAUCUAGUGCAUGUUAAUUUUUGUAUGAUUUGCCUAAGUGGCUAUUUUUCUAUUGCAUGUGAUUUUUUUACUGUUAAAGAUCAGUAUUCAGUACAAACGCCUGUCGAUCAAACUGGUAAUUAAGUCUCCCAAACGAAGUUUGGGAAGACUUAUUGGUUUUGCUCAGUUCUUCUUCUUCUUCUUCCGCCACUUUUAAAUUUGAACUUGUCCGCACCUGUUCUCCAAAACCGCUUGUCAGAUUAACUUAGGGUUUCACAAUAUGUUAGACUAACAUGUCUAGUGGUGCAAUCAGGGUUUUGUUUGUGCAAUGGGGUUUAUAAAGGGGUACUUUGAGGGACAAUAAGAAAGGAGGGUUUUACUAUAGAACCCUAUGGGAUUUUAUUUUUUAAAAUUUUCAAAUGAUUAUAAAUUGAAAACCGUUUGUGAUAGACACAAUCUUUUUAAUUGAAAAUAUUCUAAAUGAUAAAGCACAUUAAAUGAAAUACAGGGUUAGUCCCCAGGGGUCACCCACACCCCCAGCCAUUU